GCACCUGCAACACGCUGAUUACUGGAGAAGGUUGCUGAUAAGGAGGGAUCAGGAGUUGGGGAAGAGGAUUUGGGAUAAUUGAGUGAGAUCUUGGCGAGAAGCGAGCACAGCUCGCUCUCAAGCGGAUGGAUCAUGUUGGAGAUGUCGAGCGGACUCGGUGCGACUGCAAUGGGAAUUAGUGUUAGUCACGGUGGCAGUGGAGCUGAGGGUGGUUGUCGUCUUCGUGCAUCGAGUCAGGGACAGGUGUCCCAACAGCAAACAACCAAUCAGGGAUCAACGACCGGUGGCCAGCAAUCUGAUCAACAGCAGCAGUCAUCGCAGUUACAGGAUGUUCAGCCACAGCAACAAGUUAAACAGGAGCAGAGCCAACAGCAACAGAGGGUUGGACACGGUGGCAGAUCGAAGAAGGAUAACUGCUGCUUGUGCUGGUGCUGUUGCUGCAGUUGCUCGAACAAAUGUUUGGCGGCUGUUGGAACUGGCAAUGGUGGUGGUUCGGGUGGUGGUGGUGAAGCCGGAAAAAAACGGGGAAACAGUGGAAUAGCGAGCGGUGAUAUUGUAACAAGUGGUCAUGGUGGUGAUAUGACAGUAUCGAGUGCUGGUAAUGGUCUUGAUGGGUUGGAUGGCCUCGAUAGUACACCCGAGUGUUGUGGCCUAGAAGAAGUACGUUCGUGGGGCUCGUCCUUCGAUAAAUUAAUGAGAAGUGGAGCUGGUAGAAAACUAUUUCGUGAAUUUUUAAUAAGUGAAUACAGCGAGGAGAAUAUUGCAUUUUGGUUGGCGUGCGAACAAUUAAAGCGUGAAAGCAAUCCAGAGAAAAUUGAGGAGAAGGCACGGUACAUCUAUGAGGAUUACAUAUCGAUACUUUCGCCUAAAGAAGUGAGUUUGGACUCACGAGUCCGUGAGAUCGUAAAUAGGAAUAUGGUAGAGCCAACACCGCACACAUUCGACGAAGCACAACUUCAAAUCUACACACUGAUGCAUCGUGACUCUUAUCCACGUUUUGUCAACAGUGAUAUAUUCCGUAGAGUAGCUAGAUUGGGCAGUGGACCACCUAGUCCAACGAACGCCGAAUCCGAUCAUGGCCCACCCAGUGGUAAAUCCAAAUCCAAGAAAUCGGUGACGUAAUUAAUCGUGAACUUAAUUAAGAACUUGAAUUUUCAAUAUAAACAAUUGCUGGUAAUUACGAAUACUCGUUUGAAGAAACUCAAGAUAUGAAAAUACCGAACAAUGACGGAAAUUUAUGUCCCUGGGUCGGGGAGGGGGUAACAAUUCAGCACAGUGAAGUGGGAAUACAGGAGAUGUCCAUCUAAUUUCUUUGGGAGUAUUUCUUGAUUUGCGGGAGGUCGAGGCUAAAUGGAACACCAGAAGAAACAGCUAUUUGAUCGAUUUUGCGGAUUUUUGGUCUCUUUAUUCAACGGCCAAAGAAGUAUUGAAAAUGUUAAGAAUGCCGGGUCCAAUGAACUGUUGUUUGACGACUACUUAUCACGGCAUAAUGAUAAAGGUAAAAAAACCUGCCCUUUGACCUUUACGAUUAUUUAAUUCUCUCCUCCCACGUCCGUUGAAUCUCCUUUAAAUCUCAAAAGGUCUUCGAAAUUGGGUUGACUAGUCAUCUCUUCUGGUUUUUCGUCUUUAAAUCCUCCAUUUGCUCUAAAAAAUCACCCCAAAAAACCAACCCUAGAAAUUUCAAAAUAUCUCGAAGAAAUUCAUCCCACCCCACUUCACCCCGCAUGAACUCCUUGACAUCAGGACCAGCGAGAUUCACUCCCCAAUAAGUCGCUCAAUGAUUUAAAUACCAAAAAAAAAAAAUUCACAAAAAACAUAAAAUGGAGAAUGAUAAUUCAUACCAAGCAUUAAACCAUUGACAAUCCGAUGUAUAUGUCCCGGGGUGAAACAUGACACUGCAGAUUUAUCGAUUUUUCAAUUAUCGCAUUCGAGCUGAAUGCGCUUUGCAAGCUAUUAUGGCACAAUUUUCAUUUUUCUACUUUUCACACAAAUUUUGAAAAAGUAUUUUUUAUUUUUCACUGGGGUAUUUCCCUCCGCCCGGUAUGAACAACAAGAACUCAUAAAAUAUUCAGAAUAAUCACAUUUACGUAAACGUUCAGCUCAACCGUGCGAUCGUUGUGUUUUUAUCGAAUUUAUGGCAAGAGAGAUAUAGUGAGAGUGGAAGUUUAUGAGAGAAGAAGCUAUUACAUGAAUUAGUACUUAAUUAAAUGAUAGUGGAAGAUAUGUAAGUCCUAAAGAACUGAGAAUUAAAUAAAAAAAAAGGUUAAUAAAUAUAUGAUGGGGAGAGGCGAGCUACCGUGCUAAAGGCCUAAUAUUCUCUCUCUCUCUCUCUCUCAGAGAUGGGGGACUGGUACAGGAGGUUAUGACGCCUGGAGGGGCGCGGCCCCCCGCGUCCUAACACUCGCGCACGUACAAUGAUACUCCAGGGGUGUGAUAACACACGAAUUUCUUUCUAGUCGUUCUUCUAGUAUGAUGGUGCGAGGUGAAUGCAAUUAUAUGAUUAAUUUAUUUUGUGGUGGAUGGGAAUUUGGGAUGCAUCCAGAGAAAUUGAAUAUUUCACUGGAAUAAACCUAUUGAUUUCAAAUUGCUUUCAUUCGUUUCAAAUGUUCUUCGGUAAGAAUUAACGAAAUUGGAUAAUUAUCUUGAUAAAAUAUUCUAAUUGUCGACUUCAAUUGAUAUUGAUUCUCGUGGUUGCCUGGACGGCAAUCGUAAAUGGCUAAAAUUUUGUUUUAAAUUUUUUUUAAAGAAUUUAAUCCACUACGAAAAAGAUAUUAUAAAAAAUUCGUUAUCUGCGAUAGCUUCGCGAAUAUUUAUUGAGAGGCUCAUUUGAAAUGUCUAAAUAAAAUUAAAUAUCAUUGGUCGUUGAUGAGUCUCAUCAAAUUGAACGAGAUCUGGUACAAAAAAUGACAUCCCAGUUCACUCCUCCACCACACAUUCAAAAAGUAAUAAAAAAUUGCACGAGUGAAGUCUAAGAGCGAGAAACACCGAAAACCCACGCGGGGAGAAAAUCGCCCAAAAAUGACGAAUAAAAUUGCAUUCCAAAGAUUUUAUUUAAAAUCAAGAAAACAAAUGGCGCGAAGGCUAAAUUGUCUCGUUUGAUGUAAUGUUUUGUGAAAAAAUAGUUAUUUCAUAAUUUUUAUUAAAAUUCUUCGUUGAAUUUUCUCUCCGUGAAAAAAAUGAUGAAAACAGCAUAAAAAUAGUCUAAUGAAUAUUGAUAAAAUAUUAUCGUUAAAACUACUACUGAUAAACAAAUGAUUAGAUUAAACCCUAAAAGGAGGAGUGAUAAGAAAACCAAAAAACCAAUUAUCCCUAAACUAAUAAACUAAAAAUCUAUAAACAUUUUCAAUAAAAAAAAAACUAAAAGUGGGGGAUAAUUAAAAUGAAGAAAAAGCUGCGCAUCGGUUACGUUUUAACUCGCUCGGUUCACGAAUUACUAUAUUAUAUAUGGCAUUAAACAAAUACAUGAAAUGUCAGGUGUGGAAGAACGUGUAAUUCUUGCAGUAUCAGUCAGAAUUUGGACUACUGCCCUUGUAGAUAUAAUAGGUAGGGUAUAAAGCUGUCGUUAUUGGGACAAAUGAAGUUUUCAUUUCAAUUUCAUUAUAUUUAACGUAGGGGAAAUGAAGUGCGUGAGGCGAGUGCAAGCAGUUACAAAAAAUUGAGGAUAUCCAAGCACCUCGUUCAUUGUUUUUCAAGUAACAAGUUCAUUUGUAAAGUUUCCCAUUUUUAUUAUUUUUCAACUCAUUCUUUGUCUAGUACAUUUUUAGCCAAUUUGUCCCAUUAAUAUUGAGAAUACUAUUUUAUCCAAUUUCACAUUCAUUUGUUUAUCCCGCCUUGUGUUGCAAAACUGUGCUGAUACUAUGAUUAUUGAACUGAAUGUUUUAAACCUCUUCUCAGAAAAAUGGCCUGAAAUUAAAAUUACUGGGCAAAAUGAAAAAUACUUUUGAUGUAAUUGAUAUGCCCUGGAGAGUAUUUCAUCCAGUAAAAAAUGGUCUGAACUACUUGGAUAUCCUUAAUCAGGAAGUUCAUGUAAAAAUACGUCGCUAAUGAGAAUUAAAUUAUUUGGCUUCCUAAUUUCGGGUCGAUCCGGAGGCAACAGUCGAGGUCGCGUGACGUAUUCACUACGUGAAAUUUGUCGUGCGGCCUUGAGUGAUGGUUAACGUGAAAUUGUGGAGAGAUGCCUCUCGAUCUUCGAAAUUGCGAAGGUAUUUUCUCUGAUUUCGAAAGGUUUUGGGGAAUUCACUCGGGAUUAUAAAUUAUCUCUAGGAUGUUUGGUGAGAGAUAUAUUGUGGAAACUGGUGGGAGGAUAUAAACUGAAUGGCACACCGAGUGCAGGGUGCGAAUACUCGUUGAGUGAGAGAAUGAGGUAUAAUAAAGGGUAAUGAGUAAUCAAUGAAUUUUGUCAAGUUUUCUGGUGAAUAACACUGACUGGGAAUCUCAUUUAAUCGAGGUUGGGGAUUUAUGAAAAAUACGUAUGCUAGCUCUACGUCUUCGUUGAAUAAACGCACAAUUUUUCUCAACUCUGGAUCCCACGUUUAUUUAUUUAGAAAAAUUGUCAAUUUUCACAACUGCACGGGAGAUAUUUUUUGGUUUUUUUACUAGGCCUAAUUUCCCUGGAAGUGAUAAUGCAGUGUGGUUUGAUGAAAGUUUUAUAAUGGGAAUAUUCCCUGCAAUUUUUGUCAUGUGAAGACUCUGAGAAACCCUUUUGCGAAAUUUUUCGGGUAUUGAGCUUUCUGAAGUCUGCAAAAAAUUUAUUCCAAUAAAUAUUCAACUGAAAAAAUCCGCAAAAUAUUCUCAUAUCCAAUAGAACAUUUUGUGUUAAUUUUUCUAUGAUGCAAUUACUGGGCUUAAUCAUUGAGUCUUCAGAAAGUUGAAUUUCUCCAAAAUUUCGUAAAUUCAUAAUCCAGUUCAGUAAAUAACAAAGAACUAUUUUGAGAUUAAUUAGGCGGAAACGUCGCAUUAAUUCCUCUGAGAAUUUUGAUGCUAUCACAGUUCACUGAUUUUUCAUCGUGAAAGAAAAAAUAAUGAAAUUUUGAAAUUCAUCACGUGCCAGUUUCUCGAAGUCUAAUUAAUCUUAAAUAUUCUUAUGCUCACUAAAAAAUCUCCUUCCGCUGUCCUCUGCCCACCCUCUAGAACCAAAAAAUUUGAUGCCACCACACCUUCACUAUCACCAAAGGUAAGUAUUUCCUCUCAGUUUUAGCUGUCUCUGCACAUCUCAUCCCAGUCCAACACGCCAUCACUCGCACCCUGCAUCACUCGCCGCUGAAAAACAUAAAAUUCUCAGUUAUAAUUUCUCAUUUCAUUAUUAAGUUCCCAUUAAUUCCCAAACGGACCAACUCUAUUUCUUAUUGGAUGUUUAGGCCGACAAAAGACAUAUAAAUAUAUACAUAAAUAUGUACGAUGCCCAUGUGUAAAUACCAGUGGUAAUGUAUAAAGCCAUUUAUAAUGUUUAUAGUGUUAUGCAUGGGGUCAUAAAAUUGUUGUCCAUCAGAGUUGAUUAAUCGAGUGGUGUUUGUAUACGUGGAAAAAAUCAUUUUUUAAUAAUAAAUGAUAUAUUAAAAUCAAUCAAGUAGCAACGGGAACACCUAAGUCAUAAAUUAAUUCAUCUAUUAAUUUCGAUGAUCGAUUGACUAAUGAGGAAUGACUCGACUUCAUGGAAAUUUCAAAUGAAUGCAAUGCAUUUGAUUAAAAAAAGCACUAGUCAUUAUUGUAUAUUAUAAACGAUUAAAUGCAGAUAUGAAGAGAUUUGAACGAUUAAAAUUCACGAUUAAUAUGAGAUAAAUAAAGUGAAAAUGAGUAAAUUGUAAGAUUCACUAAGUUUGUAUUUAUUUGUAAAAUUUUUCCACGUUAAUGAGAGAGCUAAUUAGUAUAAUAUAUGCAGCACCUGCCAGCGUCAAUAAACGGCACUCCGAGGGCUUGAAAUAAUCAUAAUACACUGGAUAAAUAAAAAUUUAUCUAUCAUUAAACAAUAACUAUGGUAAUUACGAAAUCCUACGUAUAAACUGUGAGAUAUUGUUAACGAUAAAGACGAAAAAAUUGCGCAAAUAGUUGACCUGUCUUUCUCAGCGUUAAAAAAAAAUUCCACAUCAAUUGAAGAGUAAUUAAUGAAAUUGUGAAGAAAUGGUAAAUGAAUGUAUUUGAGAGUUGAUGACGAAAAAAAAAACGUUCAAGUAUCAAGUGAGAUCUAACAUUAAAA